UGAAUUCGUUUGGAUGGGCGCUUUCGUGCUCUAGACCGUUGUUGCCGACUCGGAGAGAACAUUGAGAUUUUGUUUGGUGCGUAUUUUCGCAAUAAUGGACAAGGAUUUUCUCUAGAAAACAAGCAAUUUCCCUUUUUUCCGUUUAGUGGUCUAUGUGUAUCCUCCUAAAACUGAAAACCGCACCUUAAGACAAGAACAUAAAGAUGUAUGUAUUUGUAAACAUAGUGGACACUUUGGAUGGUAGGGCAUCGUUGUUUCAGGAGAACAAAUAAUAAUAAUAAAAAUAAUAAUAAUAACAAUAAUUAAAAAAAACUUAUUGUCUGUUUUACCUAAUGUUCCAUGAAAGCGCGCGCGCUCGGCGGAGACACAGUGGAGCUCUCACUGAAGGAACCAACAGUUUUCGGACAGUUGCUUUCCUCGUCGUUUUCUCACUAUUUUCCGAGGAGUUGUUGUCUUCUUUGUCGGUUUCUCGUCGUUCUACUGAAGAGAAGCUUCUUGCGUUGAGACAUCGCUGAGCUCUGCGCACUUCAGAGGGCAUGUGGCUCUCGUGCGACGCCCGGAAACGCGCCUGCGCUCCAAGCAUCACCUGGAAGCUCCGCGCGCGAGCCUGACUUUUCGCCAGCUUUCUGUCUUCGGGCUACUUUUUUUCUGUCAUCGGAAACGAUCAUGCGAUGAGUGAGUUUCGUCUGGGGUUAAUACCAGAAGCAAUUAGCCUACAGGAGGUGAAUGAUGGCUGAGGAUGGAGGAAAUAUUUCUGAGGAACACACAACAAGGGAGGGAGAUGGUACAUCCUCUCUUCCCAGGACCUUCAUCCGACUGAAUGAUCUGUCUGGUGGAGGAGAGCAAGGAGCUGAUGAUGAAGCUCAUAAUGGAGCAGAGAGGAGGGAGAGCGCAGGAGGCCCAGUGGCCGAGGAAGCAGCUUCGGCCGAAGAAGGUGGAGACGCUUUGCCCUAUCCCUCCCUGGCACCUGUUGUCUUCUUCUACCUGAAGCAAACUACACGUCCUAGGAGUUGGUGUCUGAAAAUGGUCUGCAAUCCGUGGUUUGAACGAGCCAGUAUGCUAGUGAUCCUGCUGAACUGUGUGACUUUGGGCAUGUUCCACCCGUGUGAGGACAGUGACUGUGACUCAGAACGCUGCAAGAUCCUCGAGGAUUUUGAUGACUUCAUUUUUGCAUUUUUUGCUGUGGAGAUGGUGAUUAAGAUGGUAGCACUGGGCAUCUUUGGCAAAAAGUGUUACCUUGGGGAUACCUGGAAUCGGCUUGACUUCUUCAUUGUGCUGGCUGGGAUGCUGGAAUAUUCGCUCAACCUGCAGAAUGUCAGUUUCUCUGCUGUUCGUACUGUCAGAGUGCUCAGGCCUCUACGAGCGAUCAACCGAGUGCCCAGUAUGAGAAUCUUGGUGACUCUCCUGCUGGACACUCUCCCUAUGCUGGGCAAUGUGCUGCUGCUCUGCUUCUUUGUUUUCUUCAUCUUUGGGAUUGUUGGGGUCCAGCUAUGGGCUGGGCUGCUCCGUAACCGCUGCUUCCUGCCUGUGAACUUCUCUGUUCCCCAAAGUGUAGACCUGCCCAAUUACUACCACGAUGACGAUGAGAGCCCGUUCAUCUGCUCUCUGAUGGGGGAUAAUGGCAUGCGCCACUGCUACUCCAUUCCUAUUCUGCAUGAGGAGGGUAUGAAGUGUCAGCUGGAUAUGGGAGCCUACAACAGAACAGAUAACACCACAUGUGUCGAUUGGAACCAGUACUAUACCAACUGCUCUGCUGGGGACGUCAACCCUUUUAAGGGUGCCAUCAACUUUGAUAACAUAGGCUAUGCCUGGAUUGCCAUUUUUCAGGUCAUCACUCUGGAGGGUUGGGUGGACAUCAUGUACUUUGUAAUGGAUGCACACUCCUUCUACAAUUUUAUCUACUUCAUUUUCCUGAUUAUAGUGGGCUCAUUCUUCAUGAUCAACCUGUGCCUAGUUGUCAUAGCCACCCAGUUCUCUGAAACGAAGCAGCGUGAAAGUCAGCUGAUGAAGGAGCAGAGAGUGCGAUUCAUGUCCAAUGCCAGCACACUAGCCAGUUUCUCAGAGCCAGGUAGCUGUUACGACGAGCUCCUCAAAUACCUGGUUUACAUUGUUCGGAAAGGCACCAGGCAGUUAGGCCACCUAACCCGGGCAGCUGCUCGUCGGGCAGGCAUCAGGAUAUGCGCCUCACCUGCCCUUGAACCUCCAAAUGCAAAGAGACGAAGGCACAGGAAGCAGCAGGGCUCCAUUCAUCACCUUGUCCACCAUCACCAUCACCACCACCAUCACUACCAUCUUGGUAACGGGAAUAUCCGGACUGACAGCAGCCAAGAACUGGAGGUAGCCUCACGAAACCACAACAGGAAUGGAGCAGGAACGGGACGUCUUACUCUCCCCACCAUUGUGCCUCUGCAGGACCCGUCCCCUUCUUGCUCUGCAGCUCUGGGCUCCAGCAGUGCUGAAUCUAUACACAGCACCUACCACACAACCUGCCACAUGGAGCCACAUCGUGCCCCCACAUUAGGCCAUCCAGUGCUCCAGGCCUACAAGAGGAACUCGGUGCCAUUUGCUGCACCAGUGCAUAAGAACUAUCCAACUCUGCAACCUCGUGUAGCCCUGGAACAGCUCAGACAGAGGGCGCUGGAACCUGGAGGAGCCUGUUGCACUGCCAACAUCCUCAGCAACCUCAACAUACCUCCAAACCCUAUCAAUACAUCCCAGUGCCUGCUGGACACACAAGGGCCUCCAGGGAAUUCCUCACGCAAGCUCUCCAAUACCAACUGCAGUGGUACAAAUUUGGAUGCUAUGCUGACGUUUGACCCUGAGACCUGCCCCUACUGUAUUAAAUCACUGGGUAAUGAUUCAGAGGGAACUGAAGCGAACGAGACCGCAGACUCAGACAGCGAGGGAGUGUAUGAAUUCACACAAGACGCACACUAUCGGGAUGGCAGAGACCCCAAUAGGAAAAAGAAAUUUAAAUUAGGGGCUCGGGCAGCGAAGGUAGUGCACUUCUGGAGACUGGUGUGUGACACGUUCCGCAAGAUUGUAGACAGCAAGUAUUUUGGACGAGGCAUCAUGAUCGCCAUCCUCAUCAAUACCCUCAGCAUGGGAAUCGAGUACCAUGAGCAGCCUGAUGAGUUAACCAACGCGCUGGAGAUCAGUAAUAUUGUGUUUACCAGUCUGUUUUCGCUGGAGAUGCUCCUGAAGCUCCUGGUGUAUGGCCCUUUUGGCUACAUCAAGAACCCUUACAACAUCUUUGAUGGCAUUAUUGUCGUAAUAAGUGUGUGGGAGAUCGUGGGCCAGCAGGGUGGGGGCUUGUCAGUGCUGAGGACCUUCAGGUUGAUGCGGGUGUUGAAGCUGGUGCGCUUCAUGCCUGCGCUACAGAGACAGCUUGUGGUUCUGAUGAAAACUAUGGACAACGUGGCCACUUUCUGCAUGCUGCUGAUGCUCUUUAUCUUCAUCUUCAGUAUUUUGGGAAUGCACCUGUUUGGGUGUAAGUUUGGCUCAGAGAGAGACGGUGACACAAUGCCCGACCGCAAGAAUUUUGACUCUUUGCUUUGGGCCAUUGUCACAGUGUUUCAGAUCCUUACCCAGGAGGACUGGAAUAAGGUUCUCUAUAAUGGCAUGGCCUCCACCUCACCUGUGGCGGCACUCUACUUCAUUGCCCUGAUGACCUUUGGGAAUUACGUGCUGUUCAACUUGCUGGUGGCUAUCCUAGUGGAGGGCUUCCAGACUGAGGAACUGGCCAAGAGGGAAGACUUGCAUGGUCAACUGAGCUGUAUUCAGCUGCCAAUAGACUCAGGGGGUGAUGGCUCCAAGUCGGGCUCGGAAGCAGAUUUCUAUACACGAAGCAUUGAUGAUGUGCGCAGAAGCAAAAAAGAUGUGUCCACUUCAUCUGUAGUGCCCAUCAAUGGCCAUGUGGAUCUGAAGGCCAGCCUUACACCUCCUCUGAUCACUCACACAGCUGCAACACCCAUGCCUGUGCCCAAGAUCUCAGGAGGAGAAGACCUCACUUUGGGCUACGAAUCACGCAGGGGCAGCAACGUUUCUGUGGAGCCUGGCUGCCAGGACAAAACUCCGUCGAGUGUGCGAAGCUCCCCACAUGCCCCCUGGAGUUCCAGCAGUAGCUGGAAUAGUCGACGCUCCAGCUGGAACAGUCUGGGCCGAGCCCCGAGCCUGAAGAGGCAGAAGCGGCAGUCGGGCGAGCGACGCUCCUUGCUCUCCGGCGAGGGCCACUCCAGCUCUGAUGAGGAUGGUGCUGGAGGGGGCAGUGGUGGAGGAAGGAUGUUGGAAGGUGAUAAUGUUUCCCUCAGCAGGACAGAUUCUUUUGGCCAAAGGCCACGGCACAGGCGGAUGGAAUCUCUAGAGACACGCAGCUCCUUUGACCUGCCUCCAGACACACUGCAGGUGCCUUACCUGCACAGAUCCGCUAGCAUCCACAGCACACGGCCACCAAAUCUGAUCAGCAACGGCAAGAGCUCGCCCACAGGGGCCACCACGCAGCUCUCAUUAGAUGAUCAUCACAGUGAGGAUGACAAUGCUGAUGAGGAGGGAAACCUGAGUCGACGAGCACGUCUGUACCGUUGGCUGGAGCGUAAGCAGCCUGAAUGGUGCAGGCAGAGGAACACCUGGUCUCUCUACCUGUUUCCUCCUGAGUCCAGGAUUCGUGUGAGCUGCAAUAAAAUCAUCACGCACAAGAUGUUUGACCAUGUGGUGCUUGUUAUUAUCUUUCUCAACUGCAUCACCAUUGCCAUGGAGAGGCCCAAGAUCGACACAAAGAGUCCUGAGCGUAUAUUCCUGACGGUGUCCAACUACAUCUUCACAGCCAUCUUCGUGACUGAAAUGACAAUAAAGGUGGUGGCCCUGGGAUGGUGUUUUGGGGAGAAGACAUACCUGAAGAGCAGCUGGAAUAUUUUGGAUGGGAUGCUGGUGCUCAUCUCAGUCAUUGACAUCUUAGUGUCUAUGAUCUCAAACAGUGGCACUAAGAUCUUGGGCAUGCUGCGUGUGCUGAGGCUGCUCAGAACUCUACGCCCCCUCCGGGUGAUCAGCAGGGCUCCAGGGCUCAAGUUGGUGGUUGAAACUCUGAUGUCAUCCCUUAAACCAAUCGGAAACAUUGUAGUCAUCUGCUGCGCCUUCUUCAUUAUUUUCGGGAUCUUGGGGGUGCAGCUGUUCAAGGGAAAGUUCUACAUGUGUGACGGGGAGGAUACACAGAAUAUAACAAAUAAGUCAGACUGCCUUCUUGCUAAAUAUAAGUGGGUUAGGCAGAAGUACAAUUUUGACAACCUGGGACAGGCUCUGAUGUCUCUGUUUGUACUGGCCUCUAAAGACGGCUGGGUCGACAUUAUGUAUGAUGGGCUAGAUGCUGUAGGCGUUGAUCAGCAGCCCAUAAUGAACCACAACCCCUGGAUGCUGCUGUAUUUCAUCUCUUUCCUGUUGAUCGUGGCGUUUUUUGUGCUCAAUAUGUUUGUGGGUGUGGUGGUGGAGAACUUCCACAAGUGUCGGCGGCACCAGGAAGCUGAAGAGGCCAAGCGGCGCGAGGAGAAACGCCUGAAAAGGAUGGAGAAAAAGAGAAGGAAUAUAAUGCUGACGGGUGUCAGCUGGUCCAGUCCUGAGAGCGGAGUGACAGAGGCUCAGUGUAAGCCUUACUACUCAGACUACUCUCCCACUCGCCGCCUCAUCCACAAGAUGUGCACUAGCCACUACCUGGAUCUUUUCAUCACCAUCGUCAUAGGCCUCAACGUCAUCACUAUGUCCAUGGAGCACUACCAGCAGCCCAAGGUGCUCGAUGAAGCUCUGAAAAUCUGCAACUACAUUUUCACCAUCAUCUUUGUGCUGGAGUCAGUCUUCAAACUUGUGGCAUUUGGAUUUAGGCGUUUCUUUAAAGACAGGUGGAACCAGUUGGAUCUAGCUAUUGUGCUGCUGUCCAUUAUGGGAAUAACUCUGGAGGAGAUCGAGGUCAACGCCUCACUCCCUAUCAACCCUACCAUCAUACGAAUCAUGAGGGUGCUACGCAUUGCUCGUGUGUUAAAGCUCUUGAAGAUGGCUGUGGGAAUGCGAGCUCUCCUAGACACAGUGAUCCAGGCCCUGCCUCAGGUGGGGAAUCUGGGUCUUCUCUUCAUGCUUCUCUUCUUUAUCUUCGCAGCACUGGGAGUAGAGCUGUUUGGUGAUCUGAUAUGUGAUGAGUCACAUCCCUGUGAGGGCCUUGGACGCUACGCCACAUUCAAGAACUUUGGCAUGGCCUUUCUCUUGCUGUUCCGCGUGUCCACUGGGGACAAUUGGAACGGCAUUAUGAAGGACACAUUGCGAGACUGUGCUCAUGAGACUGGAACAUGCUACAACACAGUGGUGUCUCCUAUUUACUUUGUGUCCUUUGUGCUGACGGCUCAGUUUGUGUUGGUCAACGUUGUAAUCGCCGUCCUCAUGAAGCACCUAGAAGAGAGCAACAAAGAGGCGAAGGAGGAGGCUGAGCUAGAAGCAGAAAUGGAGCUAGAGGCAGUAGGGGGAGAUGGGGGGAUGACUGGGGGACACAUUUCCCCUCUGGCCCUGCGAGACAUAGGUGGGCCUGCAGGGUCUCGCUGGAUCUCCAGAGACUCACAGGACAGAGGUUAUCCCCCAGACAGCCCAUCAGCGGCCAUACGCAGAGACUCAUCAGCACACAAGACAGACCAGCCUCAAGGUCUGGAGCCUCCGUUACAGCGGAGGCCCAUGUUUGACUCGGUAUCCCUGGUGAUCCAGGGCUCACUGGAAGGAGAGCUCAGCCUAAUGGACAACCUUUCUGGCUCCAUCUGCCACUACUACGCUCUGCCCCCUCUCCCCAGCAAGUACUGCAAUGAGAAACAGAUCCCCCUAGCUGAGAUGGAAGCUCUGUCUCUGGCAUCGGAGAAAUCCUGGUCCUUAGCUCUGACGGAUGACUCUGUCCCCGAUGAUUUUAAUCCCCUCUUACUAACCAGUCUGGAGUGCAAUAAUACAGAUCCGCCUGAACCAACAACUGAGUCUGUGCAGCCACAAGAACGUCUGGAAGAGCACCUGCUCUGUGUGAAGAAGACAUCAGUCGGGCGUGCACACUCCUUACCCAAUGACAGCUACAUGUUCCUGCCCCACCAGCCCAUCCCAUCCUCAACAACCCUCAUGACCUCAGCUAAGCAGACUCAGUCAGGCUCCAUCAGCUCUGUACAGUCUCAGACAGAGGAGACCACACAGCACCUCACUGUACCUACAGAGCUCUUCCGGCCCAUCAGUCCCCACAGCCUGUCUGACUCAGAGUGUAUUCCCAGAAUCCCUCCCCCUCGCCGAGGACACACACUCUCUCGCACCCUGCGCCGACAGUCUCAUUUUAACAACCUCGCUUUCUCAUCUUAUCAUGCCUUAAACACUCUCCCCCGUGCCCUUCCUUCUCACUUCCACCUCUCCCACCCCUGCUUUCCUCAGGUGGCAGUGAGCACUGACUCUCAGGAGGCCUUGUACACAAAAGGAGAGGAGAAUGAGAGCCCCAAGGGGCUUGGUGAACUCUCUACUCCUCAGACUACAUUCCCAGCACUGCAGCAGUUUCCCCAACCGUCACUCUUCCUCGUUCCUGCAACGCCAGGUGCCUCUCCCAAACCAAUGCACGGCAGUGUACACACACAGCACAACCCUCAUGAUCAAUACAACAUCUGCUCCAGGCACCGGUGCUCUCCCUCUGCCAAUGAUAAAUCUGAGGAGGAGGACUCGGUGGAUCAGGAGGUGUCUCAAAUAAUCCGAUCAGGUUUUGAAGAUCAUAGAGGUCAGGACUGCAUUAGAGGAGGUGGAUUUGGGGGAGGGCUGUGUGAAGGCCGCGGCCCAUCUCUGAGGCAGUUGAAGAAAUAUCACAGUGCGGACGUGCAGAGUAGGCGAGCACCACUGCUACUGCCACGGCCCUCUUCCUGGCUUGAUGACCCACGGCGCCACUCCAUUGAGGUGUGUCCAUCAGCAGAGAGCAGCCCCCAGAGAAGCUCAGUUUCCUCUGGCUUUGUGUCGCGUGCAGACAGCUUACAACAGCCCUCACCCCGGACACGCAAGAAGAAAAAGAUGAGCCCUCCUUGCAUCUCUGUGGACCCUCCAGAGGGACUGGUGCUUCCUAGGGACUUCCAGCUAGUAUUGGACACUGGGAUGGGUACAAUGCCACCCUCUCUGCCCAGCAGGGACACCUGCCUGAGAAGGAGAGCCCCCUCCAGUGAAUCCAAGGACUCAUUUGAUCUGGGUGGAGGAGGAGAAGGGUUGCCCCAAGAGGGGGUGUCUAACCCCAAGCUAUUAACUCUGCCCAACUUCUCUUUUGAGAAAACGAGCUCUGAGCACUGAACAUGUACACACACAAAUGCACAAAAGUGCAUAUGAAUGCAUAUAUGCACAUGCGUAAACAAGACGAUGCACUUUGUGUGUCCAUGACAGUGAUAAUAGUAAUAAUAGCAUAGAGAGUAAUAGUGUUAAACACAACAAUGGUGAAUAACCAAUGAUCAUGAUGAAUAGUGACCAUUUCUUGUAUUUGUCUGUACUGCCAAAAAAGAAAAACAAAACAACACUGUAAUGAGGACAAACCAAGCUAAUAACAGAACAGUCUCUCUUCCAUCAUGCCAGCAGGCGUACGCUGGCAAUCCUAUGACCUCCUAUUAAAUGUUGUUAUUGGGGCCCCACAGGGCUCCUUCUGGCUGUUUUGGAGACUUUUUAGCACAGCUCUUCUUCCCCAAGAGCAGUGGUGAAGGUACAAAGCAAUAUGAACGUUUUAGAGACACUAUUUUCUUAAAUUAUUGGGCCAUAGUAUUUGUACAGGAUGUAGAUUUUUUUAAUUUCAAUAUAUUUUUAUUUGUGUCCCUUUGUGACUUUUCAAUGUUUAAAUUGUUUGUUGUUUUGCUUUAUUUUUUCACCAUAGGAUAUUUUUAGCUUUAGGAAGGAUUAAAAAAAAAAAGGAAAAGUUUUUUCGUUUAAGAUCCAUGUAUUUGUAGUAAUAAUGUUUAUACAUAUAUAUAUAUAUAUAUAUAUAUAUAUAUAUAUAUAUAUAUAUAUACAGUAUAUAUAUAACUCAUUAAAUUGCUCUUUGAUUUUUAAACACAAACAAAUGUUCUUAGUGAGUUGAAUAAUCAGCCUUAUUUGUGUUUGCUGCUCAGAAAUGUGUCCUGUCAUCAACAUGGCACAGUCUCAUUACUGGCCUAUUCAUCAAAAAGCAAACACUACGUGCGGCCAUUCGUUUCCUUUAUAUGUAUGAACCCUGUGACAUUGACCUGUGAUAUUGACAUAACAUGCAUUGAGUUCUGUAGUCACUUUUUUUUUUUAAAGAAAUUAAUGUAAAAUUCACAUUUAUUAGGCAAAAUACAUUUCAGUAUCAAAAUAAUAUCCAACCCAGCUGUUUUGCUUUUCCACUUCUUCAGAAAGUUUCAGUUGAUUUUCAGUGUGACAUGAUCAAAAUACAUGUGUGUUAAACCUGUUCACAGCACAUCCUUACAGGCUGAAAGGAAUCUUUUUUCUCAGUUUCUUCUCAAAAUGUUUGCCUUUUUUAAAUCACGUUUUGUUUCAUGUAUUUAUCUGCUUUAUGCCCCUUGGGAAGUUGUGCACCCUUAAAAAAUAUUUGUAAUUUGUAAAUAAGAGGCAGGCAGUUUAGUACCUCAUGAAAACUGCAGCUGAAAGUCUGAUGAGUGAGUAGUGAUAAGUGGUAAGCAGUCUAUCAAAGUUUAGAAAAAGAAAAAGCCUUUAUUAUUGCCAUACAUUUAUUGCCACACUUUUCCCUUUCUUCACAUAUCCAAUCUACAGAGGUUGGGGUUAGAGCACAUGAUACAGUGCCCCUGGAGCAAAGACAUCCUGACAUCCUGACAGUAGCAGCUUGGUGGUGCUGGGGCUUGAUCUGAUCAACAACAAUGUUGUUCCUAAACUUACAUUAACUUGCCAAUAAUCCAGAUUUACCUUGAUUUGUG